AAUUAAAGUAAAUAAUACUUAAUGUUAAAUCAACAAUACAUAAGCGAAUAACAUAAUUUCAAUAUGAAAUGUGUGAUACCGGGUGCGAAUAUAAAAAUUUUAGCAAAAGCUAUACAUGCAUUAGCAAAAAUUGGAGAAGAAAUGUUCAUAGAACCUCAAAGCGAUGCUAUAUCAUUCCGUACUGUCAACAUGGCAAAUUCAGCAUAUGCUGAUUUUACAUUCUGCCAAACUUAUUUCUCUUACUAUGCUUAUGGCGAUUUACAAGAAGAUGAUGCUCUGAAAUGUAAAAUUUCAAUGAGGAGUGCAAUGGCAGUAUUUAAGGCUCCAAAUUUAAUAGACAAACAGGUUGAAACAUGUCACAUUAGAUUAGAACCUGAUGCAUCUGAAAUCAUAUUUAUUUUAAAGUACAAGAACAGUAUUAUUAAAACACAUUUAUUGCCUAUAUUAGAUUGUGAAAAGCUGCAGACUGACUAUGAUAAAGAUUCCGCAAAAAAUCAACUUUCAUCUCAAGGCCGUGUGUUUGGCGAUGCAAUGCUAAAUUUUCAUCAACAUUUAAUUGAGAUAACAUUCGAAGUUUCAUCUCAGAAACUUUUACUCAGAAAUUAUGUAGAUGAUGCUUCGGGAUUGUCAAAUACAACACGAACUCAAGUUGCACUUGGGAAAGGGGAGUUUGAUAAAUUUGAUAUUAAUAGUGAUACGUCAAUUACAUUUUGCAUGAAGGAGUUCAAAGCUUUUUUGAAUUUCUCAGAAACGGUUGGAAUACCACUUAGCAUGUUUUUUGAACAAGCUGGAAAACCAGUUAUAUUUGCAUUAAAAAAUCCAUCUUUUGAGGGAAAAUUAAUACUUUCAACAUUAAGUUCUGAUGCAGAUAGUCAAACAGAAACAACAAUAGUCGGUAGACAGGACAAAUCUGUCAAAAGAAAGGCAGGAAGCAAGCAAAAUUCUAGGAGACCUAAUAAAUCUAAAAGUAAAAUAAAACAUAGGUCAAUCAACGACAAUAAAACAGGAAGUUCUACCGUUAAAGAUAUUCAUUCAUACUUAAUGGAAAAGGAAAAAGAAACAAAUGAAAAUAUUUCUAAAGUAAACGAUAAUUUUCAACCGAAUACAUCUAAUAGCAGUAUGAGGAACAAUCAAAACAAAAAUGACAUUAGCUAUUCAUUAGAUGAACAAAACAAUCAAAAGGAAUUUCAUAGUAAUCAGCAUGGAUCUCAUAAUAAUCCAUCCUCUAGUUCUAACACAAGUGACAAAUUUACUAGAGCAUCUACAAGUGGAAGGAAAUUAGUGAAUUCUGUAUUUUCGACAAUAACAAAAAGAAAGUCUACUAAUUUUGAAGCAGAUAUGCAAGAGCGUGAGAAGAGUGAUCAGUCUGAUACGUUAGAAGAUGCAGUACCAAGUUCACCACCUCCACCAGCUAAAAGAGCCCGUUUAAUAUUUCAGAAAUGCUUCCAGAAAACAUUUGAUCCAACAACAUUGCCCGGAUAUGAUAUCAUUUUAGCUGAAGAUUCAGAUGAGAAUUGCAGCGACUAA